CAACGCCAGACAGCUCAGCCGAACCGUUCCACAAUCCACUCAGAAGUGUACCGGUGUCGACUGUCGCUCCGGUCCGCCAGUCGAGUGCCGCAUUCCCUACACGCUCCACGCUCGUCUGCUUUCUACGCAAAAAUGUCUGGAUAUCCGUACAACAACCCCCAGUACCCUCCUCAAUACCCACCACAGUAUCCCCCGCCCCAGAACCAGAUCUACCCCCAAAUAUACCAGCAAGCGUAUGGUGCCCCUGGACAGCCUGGACAGCCAGGGUUCCCUACCGCCCCUCCCGCGGGCAUGAACCCAGCUGCGAUGUCGUACCCUGGAGCCCCCAUGCCGCAUAUACAACCAACACCAGCUUACCCUGGAUUUCCUACAGGACAGCCACAUCAACCACCACCUGUAGAAUGGAUUGCCAGCAAUGACUACGCUGCAGAAGGCCUGGUACACAGAGCAGUGGUAGCUGGUUACGAGGGCCACGAUGGAAGCCCUCUCUGGGUGAUCAGGGCGCACCAUGAAGGCGAUACUAUCCCCGGAAAGCUAGCCAUCAAACACAAAUCUGCCUAUAUACCUUGGGGAGGCCAGGAGAUCAGAGUACACAAUUUCGAGGUCUGCGUAGCUGAUCCGCAAAGAGUCAGAUGGAUAGAAAGCGGCAACGGCUCGACACCUCCCAAUGCAAUUCCAGGAGGACGUACGUCAUCAGGAGAAACUUUGUACAUCGGCAGAGCCAAGCACCAAGGAUCACUGACACCAGGAAAGCAUAAUAAAAUUGAUUUAUUCGAUAAAGCUCCUAAAUUGAUUAGUAAUAUUACUAUUUCAGAUCCGUACAACAACCCCCAGUACCCUCCUCAAUACCCACCACAGUAUCCCCCGCCCCAGAACCAGAUCUACCCCCAAAUAUACCAGCAAGCGUAUGGUGCCCCUGGGCAGCCAGGACAGCCAGGGUUCCCUACCGCCCCUCCCGUGGGCAUGAACCCAGCUGCGAUGUCGUACCCUGCAGCUCCCAUGCCGCAUAUACAACCAACUCCAGCUUACCCUGGAUUUCCUACAGGACAGCCACAUCAACCACCACCUGUAGAAUGGAUUGCCAGCAAUGACUACGCUGCAGAAGGCCUGGUACACAAAGCAGUGGUAGCUGGUUACGAGGGCCACGAUGGAAGCCCUCUCUGGGUGAUCAGGGCGCACCAUGAAGGCGAUACUAUCCCCGGAAAGCUAGCCAUCAAACACAAAUCUGCCUAUAUACCUUGGGGAGGCCAGGAGAUCAGAGUACACAAUUUCGAGGUCUGCGUAGCUGAUCCGCAAAGAGUCAGAUGGAUAGAAAGCGGCAAUGGCUCGACACCUCCCAACGCAAUUCCUGGAGGACGUACGUCAUCAGGAGAAACUUUGUACAUCGGCAGAGCCAAGCACCAAGGAUCACUGACACCAGGAAAGAUCCACCCAAGCCACAAAGUAAUGUACAUGUCGUUCGCUGGAAACGAACUCCCACACCACAAUUACGAAGUACUUUGUACCGUUUAGAACUUUUACAAAAUUAAUCUGAUUGUUAAGAUUUUGAUCUGAUAUUUACUUGUUAUUAUGAUUUCAGAAUGUCUGUAUUAAUGGAAUGCUAUGUAAAGCAUGUUAAUUUUAUAAUAUUUUUUUCUA